UCUCCCUCACUCACACUAUCUCAAGCCUGGCUUUGAAACAUGGACUCUGCACUGCUGCUGCUCUUCUUGUGGGCUCUGAUGGGAAUGGUGUCCCUGCAGUCUUCAGAGCGGUGUCCUGAGAGACUCCAGGAACAGGAGAGGAGGAAAUUGUGUCCUCGGUCCUGCAGGUCGGACAAAGACUGUGCCAGCAAACGUCAGUGUCUGUGUGAUGGUCAGUGUGGUCUCAGCUGUGUGGCUCCAG